AUGAAGAAAUAAUCGAUUUUUUAUUUAUAUUUAUCAUCAUCAUUGCAACACAUCUUAUAUUACAUCUUUGAAGGACGAAAUCAACUUGUUGUUUGCAACACACACACACAAAACAACGAUCAAGUCACGAUUUUACAUCAUUUAAAAGAGAGAUAAAAUUGAUUUAUUUUUUAUUUUCUUAAAAAACCAUUCAUUCAAUAAAAUGGCUACAAAUUCAAGAAUUGUUUCAAUUGAUGUGAUGAAAUCAUUCAUCAGUAAUAUAAUGGCUAAACUUGAUGUCAAUCCAUCACAUGCACAAUGUUUGGCCGAAGUUCUGGUUACCGGUGAUUAUCGUGGCCAUUUUAGCCAUGGUCUUAAUCGUAUCGAGCUUUAUAUAAAAGAUAUACAACAAGGUUCAUGUCGAAAAGAUGGAAUGCCAACGAUUCUAAAAGAAACCGUCGCUACAGCUUGGAUAGAUGGAAAUGCAUUACUUGGUCCUGUUGUUGGUAAAUUCUGUAUGGAAUUAGCUAUUAAAAAAGCUAAAGAAUGCGGUAUUGGUUGGGUGGUGGCUAAAGGUAGUAAUCAUUUCGGUAUCGCUGGCUAUUAUAGUAUGAUGGCACUUCCACAUAAAUUAUUGGGAAUGUCAUUCACAAAUGCAUCGCCAUUAUUGGCACCGACACGAAGUAAAGAACCAUUUUUUGGUACAAAUCCAAUCUCUGUCAGUGCUCCAAGUAGUUCAAAAAAUGAUGAUUUUGUUUUGGAUAUGGCCACAUCGGUUGUUGCUCUUGGAAAAGUUGAAAUAGCACAUCGGAAAGAGGAAAAAAUACCAAAUGGUUGGGCUAUAGAUAAGGAUGGAAAAACAAUCGAUGAUCCAGCUAAUUAUCAUGCAUUAUUACCAUUGGGUGGACCAGAAAAUUCUAGUGGUUACAAAGGCUAUGGACUAGCAGCAUUAGUCGAAAUAUUCACCUCUAUCCUUGGUGGUUCAUCCGUUGCUCCAAACGUUCGAAAUUGGACAGCUAAUCAUGUUGAAGCAGAUUUGGGCCAAUGUUUUGUUGCCAUAAAUCCGGAUUGUUUUGCACCUGGAUUCGAUAAUCGUAUGACUGAAUUGGCGAAUAAUUUACGAUCACAAAAACCAGCUGAUCCCGAUAAUCCGGUUUUAAUUCAUGGUGAUCCAGAACGUAAACAUAUGCAAAAAUGUGACCAUCAAGGUGGUAUUGAAUAUCAUAUCAAUCAAAUUAAAAUGGCUAAUAAAUUGGCUCAACAAUUUGAAAUUGAACCAUUGAAAACGAUCGAUACCGAUUGAUAUAAUUAAUUGAAUUUUUAAAGAAAAUUUACAAAACUUUUAAUAUCAAUUCUUUCACAUUUAAUAUUUGCAUUCGUCACAUCUCUACUAAUAUCAUGGCCUAAUUUAGCUUUUGAAUCAAUAUCUAACAUUUGAAUAAAUUUUUUGUUACGAAGAAUAAAAUGUGGAAACAAUUUUUCAUUCUGUAA